AUGAGUCGCCAUUACAAUAAUCAAGAAAAUGAAAUAGGUGAAGGUGAAAAUGGAAAUGCGGAGGAAGAGAGGAGAAGGGCAGAGGAAGAAAGAAGGGCCGAAGAGGAGAGAAGAAGAGUUGAGGAGGAACGAAGAAGAGUGGAAGAGGAACGAAGAAGGAUGGAAGAGGAAAGACGACAAGCUGAAAGACAGAGAGAGGAGUUGUUGAGGGAAAGGGAAGAGGAACUGAGAAGACGAGAGGAACAGGCAGCAGCAAGGGCACACGAAGGCGAGGAUCACGCACUAGAUGAAGAAACUGAACCGGAUGAAGAAGCGCAGGAAAAGACGUUGGAUGAAGAGGAGGAGACCCGGGAACAGGAAUUGGACUUCUGGCACAGGGAAGAGGACCAGGGUAGAAGAGAGGAUGAUGAGACAAAACGAGAGGAGGAGGAAGAGACACGAGACGAUCAAGAAAGGAUCAGAGAGGAAGAGGAACGGCGCAGAGAAGAGGAGGAACAGAGACGAGAGGAUCACGAAAGGAUCAGGGAGGAACAGGAACAGAGACGAGAGGACUAUGAAAGGACUAGGGAGGAAGAGGAGCGACGUAGAGAAGAGGAGGAACAGAGACGAGAGGACGACGAAAGAAUCAGGGAGGGAGAGGAACAGACACGAGAGGAUCAUGAAAGGAUCCGGGAGGAAGAGGAGCGGCGCAGAGAAGAGGAGGAACGCCGUCGAGAGCACAGUCAACGAAUUGCGGCCGAGGAGGAAUUGCGUCGGCAGGAAGAGGAACGAGAACGACAGCAAGCAAUGCGACACGAUUACGAACGUGUAAGUGGUCUUUGA